AAUUAAAACAACUACAAAAUGUGAGUGAAUAGUUGUAAUGUUAUCAGUGUCAAUAAUUAACACAUGAACUAUUAAACCACGUGGCGGUUGUUUUUACUACGAUACAGCACAUUAACACUGAUUUAACGCAAUGGAAUAUCAAUUAAUUGAUAGUAAUUAUAAAUAAACGUUAAAAUUAUCACAUUUUGGUAGCAAAAUAAAUAUUUGCGCAUAUCGGGAUGUAAAUUUAAAGAAAAGUGAUCGAUAAUUUAAAAAAUAUGACUCAGUAAUGACUAAUAUGAAACAAAUCAGAAACGAAUGUGUGAUCAAUGUGCAAAACGCAUCUUGAAUUAAUUAAUUUAGAUUCAAGGCAUCAAUAUAUUGCUCAAUCGUGAAAUAUUUAAUCUAAUUCUAAACAAUUCCAUACUUUAUUUUAAAUUAGAGCAUAAAAUUUCAACUAAAGGUCACACUCUACGUAUCAUUCCAAUACAAUUUGGACAUUUGAUCUAUUGAUCUGUCGAUUGUUCGUUCAUUUGAUAAUAACGAUAAGAAAUACAAAAGAAUAUUAUCAAGCGCUAUCAAUUUUAUCAUUAAUUUGCGUCGGAAAGUGCAGUAACUUACGUAAACAAGUGUUUUUAAUAUAAUUAGUAUAAUAUUCAAGGUUUUUAAUUAAACACUUCUUUAAAACACAAUUUUAAAGUAUUUUUAAGAACAAAUUAGAAUAAUUCAGUUUAUAAUAGUUUUUGUAUAGCUCAAUUGUUUAUUUUAAUCAAAGUCCGAGAGUGUAAUUCAUAACAUUCAUGUACGAGUAUUAGCUACGCAACACAACAAAAUAUUCGACUCAUUCCAUCCGCCGGUAGAAUCAGGAAUUUAGUCAUCGCGCAUCGUCCAAUUCGUCAGUCGCUUCGGAGUUCUCGGUGCGUGCGGUUAUUGAUAAGCGAUAACAAAUAUCACUCUGCAUGCUGCAACGUGUUUCCAUACAACUGUAUUUUGUGCAAACAAAUUGCAUCAAUAACUCAAUUGAUAAACAUUUUAUACAAUAAUUUUAUUGUGCACGUGAAAAAGUGGAAAAUAUUAAGUUAUUGUGAAAGUUGUGUUGCGUGAGUCCAAAAUUUAAGUGCAACCGACAUAAUAACAUUUUUUCAUCAUCAGAUAAAAAAAAUUAAGCAACUUAAACGAAAGAAAGUAAAAGUGUAAUUAUAUUAACUUUCUACUAUGCUUAGACAUCUAAAAGUACUUCUAGUAUGAACAUUUUUUAAACUUUAGUUAAUAAACAGUGAAUGUGUGAUAAUAAAACAAGGAACAAAGAAUAACUAUUGUGAUUUGAAGAAGGCGAUUUGUUCAAAAUGAAGUCAUCACAUAAUUUUUGCCAUGCUAAACUGAUUAACGUAAUGAAUUUAAUGGUUAUUUUGGUAUUAAUUGUAUUAAUGGUAUCUCAUGGAAUAUCUGGGCAAGAAGAUGAGGACUAUAUUAAGAUACAUUCCGAGUUGGAGCUGAUUCAAUGGGAUCUGCAGGAUGAAUGUUCGGAUAUGGCGCGCAGUGCGAGGUCUUUUCUUAAACAGGAAGUUACAGGAUUGCGUGAUAAGAUUAAAAGUGAAGUUGACCAUGCAAACUACCUUCGUCAGCAUGCGCAACGUCUGAAAGUCUACGAAGAGGUCCCAUAUGAAAUGGAACGCAACUGGACGUAUUUCACGAAAUGCGGUGAUGUUUUACUAUCAGCUGAUGAGUACAAAGCUUUUACAGUAUUUGCAAAUAAAAAUUUAGAACUAAAACACACAGAUUCAAUUGAAAUUGUGGAAACCAGCGGUACCAAAACCGUUUUGUCUGAACCAGACGUCAUGGAAGCACUCGCCACGCGUCGUAAUGCAACACAACUAAAAGAAAUUUGGUUAAAAUGGGAAAACGGUACAAAGCCUUUUAAGAACUGGUAUUAUGAUGCAUUAAAAAUGGUUAACAAAGCAACACUUGCUAAUGAUUAUACUGAAGUGGAAACUUAUUGGGAAAUGUUAAGUGACAUGCAAAGUGGUUAUGAACUCAGCAAUACUCUUUUUGAAGCUAUUCAACCAUUGUACAAUAAGUUGCAUAAUUUUGUACGAUUGCGCAUCAAUCAACAUUAUAAUACAACGUAUGAAGAAUACAUCCCGACAUAUUUGACAGGAAGUUUCUUGGGAGAUGACUGGUCUAAUAUCGCUGAUAUCCUUCUUCCAAACCCACAAUUAUACUACGACAUGAAAGUUGAGCUAGAAGCACGUGAAAUCCAGGAUUUAUUCAGAUAUGCAGGCAACACAACCAAAAACCUGGGCUUUGGUGAUGUAGUCAACCCAUUAUUACUCAAACGCAGUGAAUUUAAUGAAAACAGCUGUGAAACUCAUGUUUUUGAUUAUUGUUCGGAACAAUACUCAAGCAUUGUAACAUGCAAUAAAACCAAAUUAGGCAACUACUUCAACGCAUAUGAGACCGUCAUGCAAGUAGGGUUGACUAAAGUGAAUUUUGCAAGCAAAAUCAAUCAAGAUCUCAGGUAUUCACCAGUUGUACAAGGAAUGCAUUCCAUGUCUUCAUUAAUGAGCAUCAAUGGAAUGCUCCAGAAUAAAAUAGUCGGGAGAAUGUCGUUUGUUGAUCAUGUAACAAGGGAAGAAAACAGAAUGACUGUUAUGAUACUAUUGGCAUUACGUAUAUUACCAAAAAUUGCAUAUUAUCAUGCAAUGGAUAAGUUUAGAUUAGAUUUAUUGGAGAAUCAUGGAGAUGUUGAAGAAACUUACAGGAAACAUGUGAAGGAUAUUCAAGGAUUAUUCAUGGACGAAGAAAGUACAACUGAGUUCUUGAGAGAUGAAGGGAUUAUGUUCAAUCGGCCAUAUUUAAGCAAAAUGUUAGGAUUAUUCCUACAAUUUCAACUCCUCAACUACUAUCAAAUCGAUUUGUUUGAAGAAGCGGACAUUUCAACACUUUUCAAUCAAGACACGACAUAGGACUUUGUCCUGAAUAUUCCCAAUCGUGAUGCACAGGAUCUCCUCAGUUACUACUACAACAUUGAUGAGAUCUCGGAUUAUCCUCUGUCCUUCUUUGCACCUCUUGAUGAGUAUUUGGAUAUUGCACCGAUGGAACAAGCUUCCUACAAACUGAAAACUCCAAAAUUUGUUCGUACAACAACGACUACAACUACAGCAGCGCCCAAAAUAAAGAAAACUCGAUUCAAGCCCAAAGAUGAAACAACUACCACCCAAAAAUCAACAACUAUAAACCAAAAAAGUGGCGUGAAGCAAAUUGCUGAUAAUUUAAACGAAAAACCUAAAGUAGCAGGUGUUACAAAUGUAAAACAAGAUGCGAAAACAUUGUUAAAAGAUGAUGAAGAGAAUUUAACUCCUGUGCAGAGUCCUGUUCAUUUAGGUAUUUAUAUUGGCGCUGGUAUUGUUGUUGUUACCUUAGCGAUUAUAGCUGCUGGGUUUGUAACGCAGAGGAGGCGAACGCAGAGAAAUAAUCGUCGAUACAAUGCGUAAUUUAAGUUCUAAUUACUUUUGUAAACCUAGAUUCAUAGGAUUUAUAAUUUUUGUAUAUUUAAGUAGUAUAGGUAAUAGGAAUUUAUUAUUUAUUUAGAUGAUUAAUUGUUAAUCUGAGAAUUUAUUUAUGUAUAAUUCCCAAUUGUUUUGUUUGUGAUAUAAUUGUACAAUUAGCCUGCCAUUAAUACCUACACAAUGCCAAUUAUUUAAUAAACCGCCUGUAAUUUGUAAAUGUUUAUAUUAAUAUACGAAUUUUUGUUAAUUAUAA